CUCCCCCGCGCCCGCUCCAUUCCUCGCGCCCUGAAGCCACCACGCUGCCGCGCUGCUCCCUCCGCCGCGCCCCGAAGCCACCGGACCGCUCCCCUCCUACUCCUCCGUGCUGCUCCCCUCCUCCUCCGUGCCGUUCCACCGUGCCGUGCCCUCCGCCGCCACUCUGCUCCGACCGAGCAGUGGAAAGGAGAUGGAAGACAGGUCGAUCCCAAAUCUACGGUAUGCACAUCCAAACAAGAAUUGAUAUUUGACUCUAGUUGAAUUCAAUCUAGCAAUUAUAUCUACAUCCAAACGAUAGAUUUGGUAUUGAAUAUAUUUAAAUGCCUAGGCUGUUUUGGUAUUGGAUUCAAUUCAAUGCCAAGUCUUUCAAUGUCGACAUCCAAACGGACCAGUUUCAUGUUAUAUCUUAGAAAUAUCAAUAGUAUCCGUAUCAAUAGUAUCCGCACCCACGUCCUCACCACCCGCCGCAGCCGCAGCCGCGGCCAGCGGCACGACCGAUGCGCACGCGGACAACCGCCAUGACUCUCAUUGAAUCCAAGCAGCCGGCUCCUCACUGGUUCCGCGAGGGGGACGUGGGGAAAGGGAGCCUCGCCCCAAAUUUAGCCGGGCCGGCGCAUGGGACUUCCGGGCCACGACGACAAUGGCAGUUGCUAGCCUCCAUCCGGAACCGCCAGGGCGCCAUUCGCGGCUCGACGGUGCCCUGGCAUUUCAAUCGUCCCUGUGUUCCCCUCCCCUUUGUUUUGUUGCCUCUCAGACAAGCAUCGGCGAGGUGGGCGGGGAGCACGGUCGGCGAACCUGUCGAGGUCAUGAAGAGAUUCAGGGGGGCUUGCUCUUUCUCCACCUGGUUUGCCUCUGAUGAAAUUUAACUAAUAGAAUACCAUGGAGAGACUUGAGGUCGACGGGGACUUUAUUGCUGCUGGCAAUUGGAAGCUACAUGGAGCACUGUGCAACCAACUUUACACGGUAGUCCAUGAAGUUUUGGAUGCCAUUCCUUCCCUUGAGACUACAAGACCAAGAAGCAGUUCUCGACUCCUGGCAUUGAGUUCCUUGAGAAUAGCUGCUGAGAAAGCCAAGAAUUUACUGCAGUAUUGCUCAGAGAGUAGCAAGCUUUACUUGGCUGCUACAGCAGAAUCUGUUCUAAUAAAAUUUGAGAAUUCAAGACAAGCACUUUUGGAAAGUCUUCACCAAGUGGAAGAUACUAUUCCAGAAGCCAUCGGUUCUAAGAUCACUCAGAUUGCACAAGAGCUGGAUAAAGUUGUUUUUGCUUUGGACCAGUCUGAAAAGCAAAUCGGUGACGAAGUGAAUCAUCUAAUCCAGAAUGAAUCAAAACUCAAUGGAUUCCUAGAUGAGAAUGAACUUGAAUUUUUCCGUCAAACUGCUUUCCGGGCCGGUAUUGCAUCAUCUACAGCAGCUCUUAGUGAAAGAAGAGCACUUAGGAAGCUGCUUGAGAGAGCCCAUGCAGAGGAGGACUUGAAAAAGGAAUCAAUUGCGGCCUACCUACUUCACCUCAUGAGGAAAUACCAGAACAUAUUUAAGAGUGAAAUAACAGAUAGCACCAACUCCCAGUGCUCAAGCCCUUCUUGUUCCUCCAACUCACUGUCCAGCUCGAUCGGUCUCCAUCGUUCACUGUCUAGCUCGGUUGAUCUCCAUGGAAAUUGUCAGGCACUUGAGAGACAACUUCCAAGGGUUGGUUCCUUCAAUUUGAAACAGAUUAAAGGGUUAUCAGGGAGCAUGCCAUUGCCAGCUGAGGAAUUGAGGUGCCCGAUCUCCUUGCAGCUCAUGUAUGAUCCUGUUGUUAUUGCAUCUGGUCAAACAUAUGAACGAGCUUGUAUUGAGAAAUGGUUUGACAGUGGGAACACUACCUGCCCGAAAACCCGCAAACAGUUGCCCCACCUCUCGAUGACACCCAAUUACUGCAUUAAGGGUCUGAUAGCAUCUUGGUGUGAACAGAAUGGGGUUCUAGUUCCCUCUGCACCGCCUGAAUCUCCCAAGCUAAAAUAUUUGAGGAUUUCAUCCCUGAAUAGUAGCACAUGUCUCGUAACUAAUGGUGUUAACACGGUUUUGUUUCAAGACACAAGUGCAAAGGAUGACGCCAAGUCAGACAUUGCAGUUAUUGUGGAGAAAUUCUCUCGACAGAACUCCAGUGAAGCCACAUCCAAGAUUCACGUAGAUGAAGUCUCUCCAGAGAAGUGCUCUCAUGAGAACUCCGGCGAGGCCACAUCUGAGAUAUGUGAAAUUGAGGACUCUCUGAUGAAAUGCUCUCAUCAGAACUCCAAAGAGACUGUGCCUGAGAUAUGUGAAGAGUGGCUGCAUGUGUUGAACAAGAACAGCAGUGAUAAUACAAAUGAGCAACAUAAGCUGGUUGAGCAGAUCAGGCUGCUGUUGAAGAAUGACGAUGAACUUAGAGACUAUGCUGGUGCUAAUGGAAUUACCGAACCACUUAUCCAUUUUCUGAAGAUGGCUAUCUUUAGAGAAGAUGUGCAAGCUCAGGAGGUUUGUACAAUGGCUCUGUUCAAUCUUGCUGUCAACAACAACAGGAACAAGAGACAGCUGCUCUCAGCUGGAGUAAUCCCCCUGAUCGAGCAGAUGAUACAGAAACCUGAAACAUGCGAGGCUGCCAUUGCAAUGUACCUGAACCUCUCCUGCAUCUCCGAGGCCCAGGCGAUCAUCGGUUCGAGCGAUGCCAUCCCUUUCCUCAUCGAAGGCCUGAGGGAAGACGUCUCCCGGAGCGACACUUGCCGCCUGGACGCGCUUCUCACUCUGUACAACCUCUCCCUGCACGCGCCGAACGUCCCAGUCCUCAUGACCGCCGGCAUCAUCGAGAGCCUCCUCAGCGUGCUGGCGCCGCCCUCCUCGUGGACGGACAAGGCCCUCGCCGUGCUGCUGAACCUGGCGCUCACCCGCGUCGGCAAGAUGGAGAUCGCUGCCAACGCGGCGAUGGUGGGCGCCAUCGUGCUCAUCCUGGACAACGGCGAGCCCGUCGAGAUGGAGAAGGCCGUGUCGUGCCUGUACGUGAUCUGCAGCGGCGACGAGGGCAGCAGCCAGACGGUGCUCCAGGAGGGCGUGAUCCCGGCGCUGGUGUCCGUGACGGCCAACGGCACGGCCCGGGCCCGCGACAAGGCGCAGCGUCUGCUGAGGCUGUUCCGGGAGCAGCGGCAGCGGGAGCUGGAGGAGAUGCAGCCGCGGGUGCAGCUGCACGAGGUGGCGAGCCAGGCGGCGGCCGCGCAGCAGCAGCAGCAGCAGCAGCAGGCGGAGGAGGAGGAGAUGGUGCUGGCCGUGACGCCGGCCGCGGCCAGCAAGGCGAGCGGCGGCAAGAGGCCGCGGCUGCGCAGGUCGGGGUCGAGGAGGUUCACCAAGGCCUUCACCUGCCUGCUCAAGAAGUGGAGCUUCCGCUGGGGGGGGGGAUCUGCAUCUCGGCCGGUGUAACUGUAAAGUGUAUGUACUCUAACCAUAGCACCAUGGUGGCAUGGUGAUUUCUCCCUGACGAAGGAUCGUGUUCGUCUGACACAGUAUAACACAGAUGCCCUAUUGCCCUGGUACCUUCACUAGCUGCACAGCUGCUGUGAUACGAGUAAACGAGGGGCUCCUAACGAGCUGCUGCGAUUGGUCAGCUACACGUAAAAGUCUAAACUGAUGGCGGUUCAGUCAGUCAUGUAAGCAUGGACAGCUAUGCACCUGGAGCUAGAACUGGACGAUCUAGGCUGUUGAUACAAAAAUGAUUUCAACACCAUUUGAGGAGGGAAAUGUGCGAGGUAAAAUUGGUCACGCGAAGCUCACUUCUGCCUGAUUCA